AUUCGCCACUGUGUGUCAUAGUUUUGUGUUGGUUUGGUUGGGCGUUGUAAACCUAAAGAAAUCAAAUAAUGUGCAUUUAUUUUAUCAUUACGUUUUAUCGCCGUGCAUAGCAACAAUAAAAACAAACUUCUAUACAACAAAAAUUGUAAUAAACUCCAAAAAUGCUGUAAAACCUUGUUAUUAUAGUAUAGUUCUGUAAUCUUGUGGAUUGAUUUUUCGAAAAGGUUUUCCAAAAAUUAGUUAUGCCGGAGCAAAGCAAUGAUUAUCGUGUUGUAGUUUUUGGUGCAGGUGGUGUAGGAAAGAGUUCCCUGGUACUACGUUUUGUAAAAGGGACCUUUAGGGAGUCCUACAUACCUACAAUAGAAGACACUUACAGACAGGUUAUCAGCAGCAAUAAAACAAUAUGUACAUUACAAAUAACUGACACUACAGGUUCUCAUCAAUUUCCUGCCAUGCAGAGAUUAUCUAUUAGCAAGGGCCAUGCAUUUAUUUUAGUAUAUUCAGUAAGCAGUCGACAAUCACUAGAAGAACUAAAGCCGAUAUGGCAGACAAUAAAAGAAAUAAAAGGCACCGAGUUACCAAACAUUCCAGUUAUGUUGGCAGGCAACAAAUGUGACGAGAGUCCAGAGAUUAGAGAAGUUUCAGCUGCAGAGGGCCAAGCACAAGCUCAGACAUGGGGUGUGUCAUUCAUGGAAACAUCUGCUAAAACUAAUCACAAUGUUACACAGUUGUUCCAGGAACUUCUAAACAUGGAGAAAAAUAGAAAUGUGUCGCUUCAAGUUGAUGGUAAAGGCAAAAAGAAAAAGGACAAGAUAGUAAAAGAAGGAGGAGAACCAUCGGCCAGUGGCAGAGAGAAGUGUUGUGUUAUGUAAUACAGAAGAUCAUUUGAAUGUAUCAAAGCACACUUUGGUGACAGUUGUGAACUAAUAAGUGAGGUAUGUAUUAAUUUUCUUGUCACUUAUUAUGUUAUCAACUGUAUUGUUAACACUCUAGUUUUGAUUCUAGUCAUAAAAUUUAUCCCGGGAGAAAUAAUCACGGAUUUAAUAUAAUGCAUUUAAAUAAGUAGUGAUAAUAUCAAUAUGCCUUAGACUUAAUUUUCAUUAUAAAGGACUAUAAUGUUCACCUUCAUCAAAAUGUGUAUAUUUUGCUAAUAUUAAUAUUGUUUUAUUUACACUAGUUAUCGAAUAUUGACUGACGCAACAUUAUAUGGAUGUGAAAUCAUUCCAUGAAUGUUAAAAUACAACGAAGAGUCUAUAGGACGCUGUUAUUCAAUUGUACGCUAAUUAAUAUGUAUAUGUUAAAAUGAUCUGAAUAAUUAUGCGGCAUUCACCUAAAUUUUUGCAUACUUUUUAAUAUGAAGUUAAACAUACUUGAUGCCUAGUUAUUUUUACAUGAAUAUCCAACAAUAAUUAUGUAAUUUGAAAAGAGUGAUUCUGAUAUUUAUUGUUAAUAAAUUUACCCAAUAUUCAUAUAAAAAGUAGUUGUUAAAAUAAUUGCUAGAAUAUUUCAGUGCGGUACUGUAAAGUACAAUUUUUUUUGUUGCUAUUGUUUAUUUUUUAUACAUUGUUCUCUGGUAGUGUCAUUGUGAGAAAAGAUAAUGGAUAUGUGCCAAAUUAGAAAGCAGUUUGUAGCAGUAGAUGAAGUAAAUCAAUAGUUAUUAUUUGAUGAAAACCAUAAUAUACAUUUUUAAAUGCAAACAAAAAUUGUUGAUAAAUAAUAUGUCUAUUUUGUUGAUAUACCAAUAUGUUUGUGUGUAUGAUGGGACUUGUGUCUUUCAUUAUAGUAUUUAUAAUUAUGUUAUAUUCAAUUAUCAAUUGAUUU